UUUUCACCAUUCUCUCCCCGCGUGUGAUGGAAACGGUAAACAACGAUCUAACGAAACGUUCCAACGACAUGGAAAAGGUACAACGUGAACGUGCUGUGCCGUGCAGUACACUAUCGUGCGGUUUAGUUGCUCUCAUCUUUUGAAAGAGAACGAGUGAGAAAAAAAAGAAGUUUUUUUUUUCGAGCAGUUUUGAGUGUGAGUCGAGCAGUUUAGAACUGGUAUAAUAAAAAAAAACUAACCCCCCUUUUUUGGUGCAAAAUGGGCGCGUGUGAAGCACUAGAAAAAUAGGACCAGGAACACUUUUCGCAACCAACGUUUUCGAUGUAUGCGUGUUUGUGGGUUUCCUUCUAAAGGGUUAUUUGCCUGUAAUGGGCCUUCCUAUUACGGACCUGACCUAGAUAAUGGAGUCUAUUUUUUCAUCGCUGUGCUAUGCAAUACACGUGCGUUCUGCUUAGACGAAAGACAGCUAGAACAUCGCUGCUACAGCCCACCCCAAGAUUGCCCAGUGACCGCGUUGAGGGUUUGGUGGGCAAAUAAUUGUUCUCGUCUUUUCAAACGUGUGCGCCACAUUUCGAUCACAUUCCACAACUGGCGAGAAAGGAAUUACAUCAGCCGUGGAUCGGUUCGAGCGGUUAACAGUCGACGAAUGUGGAGCGGGUGAAGUGUUUGGCACCUUUGGCGUUGUGCUGGAAUGCAUCAAGGAUAAACAAGACACGGCGAACCUCCGCAACACGGAUUCUGCACCAUAUUGCACCGUAUCUUUUUUAAAUGCUGAAACACCUGCGCCACCUUCUGCUUGAGAUCACCUUGCGCUGCGAUUUAGAACGAAACGAGAUGCUAACGAUUGUGAAGGAAGUUAAAGCCGACGGAGGAAAAGCAAACAACUCGUAGCAACAACUUCCCCGUUCCUGCAUGUAUCGUUCGCUGGUGAACAAACGAGCGAGUGAGAAAGUGAAAGUGAAUAAAAAGCGAGCAAUCCGGUGGAAGAAAAUAUGAAGUGAGCGCUAGACGAGUGGCAGAUAUUAAGAAAAGUGUAACCACCCAUUAUCCUUACACACUCGCAUCCCCGUUUGUUCUUUUGUGCGCGUUUUUUGCCUAUUCGAGCGCACCCUUCAGCCUUCCUCUAGUGCUCCGUCCGUUCGUGUGCUGCUUAAUGAAUAAAUGAUGAGCGACGUCCGGGCGAAGGAUUCUUCUCCUCGUCGCUAGGUUUGAAGCUUACAUCCCUCAACAGUAAGAGCAAGCGUCGAGUCAAAAUGUUUGCUGGAAUUUCUCGAAGCAUUGCGAAGCGACAGACCACAAUGGGUCGCACGUGUCCGGGAAGGCUGGUGGCGUGAGGGCACCCUAUCUGGUGCGUGAGUGUGAAAGUGAGUGACGAAAAUGCGAAUCGUGUGUCCUUGAAGGUAUGUCCUGCUCCGCCCUGCCUAAUGUGCCAACAUGUCCUGAAUUGUUUGCGAGCGAAGUUUUGUUGGUGGAUUCGUUUUGUGCGGAGAAAUUCACCCCGUGGUGCUGUUUUGAAGGAGCGGCCUAAAACAAAAUUACCCUACAAAGUGUGUUCGAUUUGUUACGGGGAAGACAUUUAGUGUGAUUUCCUUUACGCUUCGUCCGGCCACGGAAUCCGUCUGAGCUUCGCGGUGCAUGUGGUUCACCGGAUACUGCUGUGGCGUGAACGGAGCACGCACAGCAGCAGCGGUGGGACGGGAUUGCAACGAAGGUAACCACAAUCACGACCACUACAGCGAAGAUCACGAAAAUUACAACCAGCACCGGAAGUACCAGCAGCAGCAGCAUCACGAGCAAACCGUUAUGGGUUGCACACCGAGCAUCCUUUCGAACGGAAGCAACAAUCAGCAGCAGCAGCAGUCGCGCAAGGAUAGUGGCCUGUACGUGGGCAACGUGGCGACCAGUGGCAAUGGAAGCAACGAUACCAGCAGCAAUGCCACCGCCGCCAACAACAACAAGCUAAGCAACAGCAGCCCGGUCAACCCGACGAUGGUCAAUGCGCCUUACCCGGGUGCAGCAUCGAAGGACGGUGGUACGGAAAAGGAAAGUGCGAAAAAAGAUUCGAUCGUUUCGAUAUCCGCCACGGGGCACAUUACAAGCUUUCCUGUCGUUUCCACCACCGUUAGACGACCGACCGCUGGAAGUAAGUUGCGCAAUCUUAUCUCGUUUUGCAGUAAGUUUCACCAAUACUCAUCGGCAAGAUUAUGCUGUGGUACCUCGAGCAGCUCGGGACGGUACGGUCAUCGGAAGUCAUCGUUGGCACUAACGCCGGAGGAGGAACCACUCGACUCGUGCCCGAGAUUAGUAUCGGAUCUGAAGUUUCCCAACCUGCUACCACCGAAUCCUGUGAUUAAGAUUUUGAUUGCCUUCUGCAAGAAUGAUCCCGUGUUCGACGCGCUGGUCAAUGCCAGCCAUCGUCUCAGCCUGGAGCCAACGUUCGUCAAGUCGGCCGAAAGUGCCAUUGAAGCGUUCCAAAAUCCCAGCUCGGGCGGGCAUCACAUCAUCAUCGUGGACGCGCGAUACCCGCGCACGAUGGAAGCGGAGGCGCUCGGCAGGUCAAUUCGGAAUUCGAAGGGUAGCCAACAUACGACAAUGGUUGCGGUAGUGAAAAAGAGUGUGUUUGAAAAGGAUGAUACGGCUGUGAUUUCUCUGUUGGAUGUUGGCUAUAAUAGGUGCAUUAUCGAGUCUCCACAUGUAUCGAUUUGUUCGUCGGAGCUGCGGCAAAUCCAGCACUCGCUCGUCAGACCGCAGAAUGUGAUAUCGACUCAACAGGCACUGUAUACGGCGCUUCAUCGAUCGAGAGAAGCGGUCAUCAUUACCGACGAUACGCUCCGGGCACAGUAUGCGAACCGUGCUAGCGAACGUGUGCUGAAUAUGAAGCUGGAUGAAAUCGUUGGCAGAUCUCUGAACGACUUGGUAACGGCCGAUAUUAGUAAUAUUUUAUCUCAUACCAGUAGAUAUAAGGACUACGACGGUUACCUUACCACGCGGAGAAAGUCCCAAGAAUCAUCACAAAUCCAUGUUCGUGCCGUACCUGUGUCGUGCAUCGGAAGGAAUCCCACACACUUAGUUUUAAUCCUAGAAUCAUCAUCCAGCGCACUCGUGUCAUCGAACGCGAUCGGAGAGGCACUGCAGACGUUACCGCAGGGUAAGGAGGUACCGCGCGGUUCACUGCACUCGAUUCGACGGGGCAGCUUCGAUGUACGGUCAAUCGCAUCAGAUGGACUGCGGCGGACCAGCCUGGCGAAGUUGUCCUCGCUGCCGCUCGAAGCACCGAUCACCAAAGUACUGAGCCUGCUGGCACAGGUUCAGGAAAACUGCUCGCUCGAAGAAGCCAAGCUGCUGGACCGCGUAAUGGAGUUCCUCAAGCGCGAGGGACUGUACAGUCCGCAGAUGAAGGAAAUCCGUACCGAGGACCCGGUUGCGACCGAUCUGAUAGGAGCUCUGCUCACGCAAGGACCGACGAACAUUCUGUCGUCCAGGCGCAGCUCGAACGACUCCAUCAUACGCGGCGGUGGCCGACCAUCUACAGGGAGCAUCGUUUUCAACAAAACCAAAGAAUCUUCAGAACUGUCCGACCUGCUACAGACGGCCCUGGAUUGGGACUUUGAAAUAUUUAAGCUAGAGGAACUUACCGAGAAACGUCCAUUAGUGUGUUUAGGAUUAGAACUGUUCCGGCGGUUUGAUGUGUACAAUACGUUCAACUGUGACGAGAUGACGUUCAAGCUGUGGCUCAUUGAGAUGGAGAAGCACUACCACAGCGAGAAUACAUAUCACAACAGCACUCAUGCCGCUGACGUGAUGCAGGCCACGGCAGUCUAUCUGCAACAGCUGAGCAACCGAGAGAUAAAAAUAAUGGACCGAAUGGACGAAGCGACCGCUCUCAUUGCCGCCGCAACCCAUGACAUAGACCAUCCGGGCCGUUCGUCUGCCUUCCUUUGCAACUCCGACAGCUCACUGGCCCUGCUGUACAACGACAUUUGUGUGCUGGAGUCACAUCAUGCGGCAACCACAUUCCGGUUGACGCUCGCUGACGAUAAAAUCAACAUCUUUAAAAACCUGGACCGGGACAUGUACAAAUUGGCACGCUCCAUCAUUGUCGAUAUGAUUCUGGCAACGGAGAUGACGCGACAUUUUGAACAUCUGGCCAAGUUUGUCAGCGUGUUCGGUACGGACGUUGAGUCGAAGGAACCGCUCGCACCCGAUAACGACGACAAUCAGAUACUGGUACGGCGUAUGUUGAUCAAGUGUGCGGACGUUAGCAAUCCAACGCGCCCGCUCAAAUUCUGCGUCGAAUGGGCCCGCCGAAUUGCGGAGGAGUAUUUCAUGCAAACGGACGAAGAGAAGCGCAAGAAUCUGCCAAUCGUAAUGCCAAUGUUUGAUCGAACGACCUGCAGUAUCUCCAAGAGCCAGAUUGGGUUCAUUGAAUACAUUAUACACGACAUGAUGGACGCAUGGAACAGUUUUAUCGAAAUGCCCGAAAUCAUACGCUACAUGGAGUUCAACUAUUCACAGUGGAAGCUAUUCGAGGAGCAAGGCAUCAACACGCUCAGCGACAUCAAGCGGAAGCAGAUGUCACUAAACGAAGAAACGGCAAGCUCGAUCUCCCUGGAGGAGAAGUUCUAGUAAGCCUCCGGUUUUUAGGAUAACCGUGCAUUGUUGCUGGUCACGUUUUGAUCGCUGUUUUUGCUGGUACAAACAAAACACACUGAAACGAAAAUGUACGUGUUGGCGGACGACAAACCACCACUCAGAGCUGUGCAUCGCUGCCAAUGCGAUGAUACCGAGUGUCGCUAAGAAAAAACAAAGAGAGAAAUUAAUGUAAUUACGGAUAACGCCAACGCCAAAGGCCAAACGUCCCAUACAGCGGACAGUUAAACGCGAUCAUAUAAAUGGGGCGGAUCUUCCUUCCAUGAUUGUAGCAGUAUUGUUUUCAUACCAUCGUCAUUUACCGUACAUCCCAAUCCACAUUACUGUGUAGACUCAGAGUUCUUUCGCGCAUCCAGGAGAAGCAAACACAGCGAAACGUUAGAAAAUACGACAAAAACACUAAUCAAGAAAGAGCGAGAGAGUUUCAUUGGUUUUUUGCACGUGCUAGGAAUUGUUGUCCGUGGUGAAAAAAAUGUGCUUGUUCUGUAUCAUGUACAGUGCAUCGGUUAGCCACAGAGGUCACAUUCAGGUUGGGAUCGCACAUAAAAAUCACGGUAAAAUUAUAUACAUCUAUCAGAGGUCCACCUAACACAGACAUACACGCAUAAAUACACUCGUUUUUUGAGUUUAUCUAGUUUGCUUAUUAUUUGGUCAUUCUAAGAAAAUUGUCUCUUUUGUAAAGUACUAAUAAGAUCUACUAACUGCGCAGUUUUGUUUAGGUUGUUAUAGACACAUAGUAAGCAUCAUCAGGCGGCCAAUUUGCCACGUACAAUGAGAGAUAUUGCAGGGAUCUGCUGUGUCAAGAUAAUUCUCGACCAUGUUUCUAUUCGAUUAGGUAGUUAGGUUAGGUAGGUAGUUUUGUUUUUCCAGUUUUGUUUUUUCCCCCAGAUUGCUAGUUUACUCGAUUAAAAUUUGAAUCAUACAAGGUAGGGAGAGCGUGCAUCCUACGCAUGCACGCGUUUCUCCAUAAUAAAUAUUAAGAGGGAGUUAUAGAUGUAUUAUCACGAAUAGGCAUAAUUUAUUGGCUUUUGUCACCGUACCGUACCAGUGCGCACAACUGUGUCUGUUGGUAGGCAAUCGGGAAACCAACCCAAUUUACGCGUCCCUUUUUCGUAAAACAGUAUUUAUUGGAUACAGCAGCGAUCAUGGAAUCAGCUCCAUGCAGCCAUAUUAACUUGUACGAAACUGCUUUCUCUCCUUACCAUGCUUAUAGUUUUAAACAACAGUUGGAACAGGUGUCAUUAACAUUGGCGUAAUGUGUCUGAUAGGCAAAACAUUUAUCACAGCUACUUCGUUGAUCGAAGGGACCGAUUGUUGUAAGCGAGUCAGCGAGCUAGAGGAGUUUUUUUUUCAAUCGAUGUAUGGUAGACGUUCCUUAAUCCAAAAGCGUACUGCUGUAGAGAUGUUUAGACAAAUUCUGCUCAGAAGCUCGCGUGUGGCUCAACAGCUACAUGCGUAUGAAUGUGUGUACGCAUAUAAUUGUGCAUAUUUAAAAUACAGUAGAUAAAUGUUCUGUUAGCGAAUCGCAGUUGAUAAGUGCACCAUAUCUAGGAUCCUUAACGGUGGUCAUACAAAACGCUUUCUUGUAUUCGUAUAUCGGUCUAGUUUUGUUUAUCACGUAGUGUUUCUUUCACAUGUUACUGCGUACACUGUGAACAACCAGGCGUCUCCAUGUGGUGGUCUGUUCAGCAUCUUUCUUUAUCUUCCUGCAAUCAACCUUCCCCAGCGCUACCGUUGAGACCUGAAAUGGGUUGCAUGUGCCAAUGGUAGGCAUAUGUAGUAGAAACAAAACAUACAGCUAAAAUGGUGUCCCAAUUAUCGUUAAUGUUACCAAUCCAAAAGCUUUGCUGGGCAUUGGAUGACAGACAUCGCACAAUGGCCACACUGUUCCCUUUUGCGUAAGUGUUGUUUUGUACCGUGGUAGAUGAACUUGCAUAGAAAGCGAAUUCGAUCGCUCAACUUUUUAACACUUUUGCUUUGUCCUGUUUAGCAAGAUGAUAAAAAUAGCCGUAUGUGUUUGUGAAGUUAGAGAAGAAAGAAAAAAAACGAUAAUUGCAAAUUGUUCCCCGAUGAAAUCAGUAGAUGAUACCCCUUUUAUCUGCUAGUUGUCGUUCCACGUCCCACAAAAGCUAGUCGGCACAAACAAUGCACAUCCACGCGUGUUUACUAGCGUGUUAUACUAUCCUACCGUACGUUGAUGUGACAAUAAUAGGGAACAUGUGAUAAUGUUAAAUAAAAAACGAAGAGGAAGAACACAAAGAAAACCCCACAUAUUUGCGGUGCAUUCGACACUUUCGUACUUGUUUUGGGGGCGAAUGGGUUGCUACUAAUAGUUCACGCAGCACAACGUGUAACCCACCGAAAGUACUUCCCAACCUAAACAAAAACAAAACAAGGGUUCUAUUAAUGUUUUUUUUCUCUGUAUUUUCUUACAUCUGUUGAACUUUAGUUUUUCUUUUGUUUUCGAUAACUAAUCUGUUAAAUGAAAGGAUUUACUAAACAACUGAUCUUCAAACGGUUUCAACUCCGAGCUCAAGCAUAUGCUAUGUACCUCCUUGUUGCUGCAUACAAGCACAAUCGUACUAUUACUACCAUCAACAUGGUUACAGUCACAGUUCAUCUAUAUACAAACACAAAUGGAAAAAACAAACUAAAUAUAAUGCACAAAUUACAGCUAUUCGAACUGUUUAGAUUUCCUACUCUCUCUCUCUCUCUUUCCUCUGUAUCAAACACAAACCCUCUCUCGCUCGCCCAGCUUACUUUUUGGACAACUUUCCCGAAUUAAUACCUAACAAAAAAAGGGAAACACAUUGCAGGUUUCCAAAAAUACGGUCUAAUUUUAUUGCAAACUACUAAGCUACUAACGAAAACUUACUAAUUUUCACCAUACUACGACGUGUACAACCGUUAAGCACACAUACACACUCACACAUACAGACACCUACACAUCCCUAAUGCUAGAUAGUUGUAUCGUUCUGAUAUGCUGGUCAUAUCUGGUUUUAAGAAAAGCACCGUCAAAUGUUUCACCAUCUAACUGUAGAGAAAAGUUAGCGGACACGAAUACGGGAAGGGGGGAAAGGGGAUGAGAAACAUCCACAAACAACACGCCAUUUGAUGGAAUACGGGGGUUGGGACAAAGGCAAAACCUAAAGUUGCGAACCGUACUGUACGGUGAAUCUUAGCCAGUGGCAUAGAUAAGCGUUAGUAAGUGAGUAAUAAAGCCGGAAACACAAAAAUAUAUCUAAACUUGUACCAACCAAACUGAAGCCGAACUAACGAUAGACUCGUUAGCGUUUGUCUGUUGAUGUAAUUGUAUUAUCACUAGCGAUUACUUAUGCGCUAGGUAAUCAUCCAUUCUCGAGCUCAUGCUGGCAUUGGUCAUUUGAAUAAAAAAAAACAUUGUAGUAGUGAACUGAUUAAACAGAAACCGUGCUGUGCUUACACACUACGAUUGAACAUGUUUGGAAAAUGUAUCUCACCGAAGCCUAAAUGCAGUGUGGAAAUAUAAUUAAAGAAGAGGCAAAAAACGCGACGUAAAACAAAACUUCAACAACCAAGUCGAGUACAACUUGGAGAAAAGGGGAGCGGGAGAAAAAAAUAGUAAAAAAUCGACAACAUGUAAUACACACCUAUAAUUUAGCGAAUCGAUGUGGUCUUUAAUAAAGGCGCGUGUUAGCAUAAACAAAUAAAGAAAAAAACAGAACGUGAAACACGUGAAACACUCAGCUGUGCUACUAGAAUGUGUGUGUGUGUGAGGUAUGUUUGAAGAAGGAAGCCAAACAAUCCUUCUAAAUUGUUAUUGGCAUCAGGAGUCUGAUAAAAAGAAAAUUUAACAAAAAAAAAACAAACAAACAAACGGAGCAACACAAGCUAAAACUAAACCAAAACAAAACAGUGUAACGAAUUGUUUCCGCAAAUAAGUCUGUCUAAUAAAGUGUAAUAAGUGAAAAUAGUA